GCCCCGCAGCCCUGCUGGACACCCCGGGCUGCAGCUGGGCGGGCGCAGACGGGCCGAGGCGGGCGCCGGGCGCGCGGGGACCGAGGGACCGAGGGCUCCCCAUGAGCGCACGUGGGCCGGGCGGUCCGCAAGCCCGGCUGAGAGCGCGCCAUGGGGCAGGCCGGCUGCAAGGGGCUCUGCCUGUCGCUGUUCGACUACAAGACCGAGAAGUAUGUCAUCGCCAAGAACAAGAAGGUGGGCCUGCUGUACCGGCUGCUGCAGGCCUUCAUCCUGUUGUACCUGGUCGUAUGGGUGUUCCUGAUAAAGAAGGGUUACCAAGACGUCGACACCUCCCUGCAGAGUGCUGUCAUCACCAAAGUCAAGGGCGUGGCCUUCACCAACACCUCGGAUCUCGGGCAGCGGAUCUGGGAUGUCGCCGACUAUGUCAUUCCAGCCCAGGGAGAGAACGUCUUUUUUGUGGUCACCAACCUGAUUGUGACCCCCAACCAGCGGCAGGACGUCUGUGCUGAGAAUGAAGGCAUUCCUGAUGGCGUGUGCUCCAAGGACAGUGACUGCCACCCUGGGGAGGCAGUUACAGCUGGAAAUGGAGUGAAGACCGGCCGCUGCCUGCGGAGAGACAACUCGGCCAGGGGCACCUGUGAGAUCUUUGCCUGGUGCCCGUUGGAGACAAGCUCCAGGCCGGAGGAGCCAUUCCUGAAGGAGGCCGAAGACUUCACCAUUUUCAUAAAGAACCACAUCCGUUUCCCCAAAUUCAACUUCUCCAAUAGGGUGCUGCUGCAGGGAGCUGUCAGCGCUCAGGUUGGUGAGGGACCGAGUGACUCCUGGCCAGGCCCGGGAACAUCAAGUCUUACUUCACUUCUCGGCCGCCCGUGGCCUUCACCCAGGAGCAAUGUGAUAGACGUCAAGGACAGAUCUUUCCUGAAAUCAUGCCACUUUGGCCCCAAGAACCACUACUGCCCCAUCUUCCGACUGGGCUCCGUGAUCCGCUGGGCUGGGAGCGACUUCCAGGAUAUAGCCCUGGAGGGUGGUGUGAUAGGAAUUAAUAUUGAAUGGAACUGUGAUCUUGAUAAAGCUGCCUCUGAGUGCCACCCUCACUAUUCUUUUAGCCGUCUGGACAAUAAGCUUUCAAAGUCUGUCUCCUCCGGGUACAACUUCAGAUUUGCCAGAUAUUACCGAGACGCAGCCGGGGUGGAGUUCCGCACCCUGAUGAAAGCCUACGGCAUCCGCUUUGACGUGAUGGUGAAUGGCAAGGCAGGGAAGUUCAGCAUCAUUCCCACCAUCAUCAACGUGGGCUCUGGGGUGGCACUAAUGGGUGCUGGUGCUUUCUUCUGCGACCUGGUACUCAUCUACCUCAUCAAAAAGAGAGAGUUUUACCGCGACAAGAAGUACGAGGAAGUGAGGGGCCUAGAAGACAGUGCCCAGGAGGCUGAGGACGAGGCAUCCGGGCUGGGACUGUCUGAGCAGCUCACAUCUGGGCCGGGGCUGCUGGGAGUACCAGAGCAGCAGGAGCUGCAGGAGCCGCCUGAGGCGAAGCGUGGAAGCAGCAGCCAGAAGGGGAACGGAUCUGUGUGCCCGCAGCUCCUGGAGCCCCGCAGGUCUGGCCAUUUGCAGAAUGCACAGGUGAAUUUGGAGCAGCUGCAGACAGUGGAGACGUAGCCAGGGCUGUUGGCUACCAGCCUUAUCGCUGAAGACGUUGGGGCCAGAACCACCCGCAGCUCUGAACUGGGAAGAGGAGUCUGUGCCUGCAUGACACAGGGGCUUCCGGGCGCAGUCAUCUCUCCUGAACUUUGGGGUCUUUUUUUUUUUUUUUUUUUGAGACGGAGUCUCGCUCUGUCCCCCAGGCUGGAGUGCAGUGGCGCGAUCUCGGCUCACUGCAAGCUGUGCCUCCCGGGUUCACGCCAUUCUCCUGCCUCAGCCUCUCCGGGUAGCUGGGACUACAGGCGCCUGCCACCACGCCCGGCUAAUUUUUUUUGCAUUUUUAGUAGAGAUGGAGUUUCGCUGUGUUAAUCAGGAUGGUCUCGAUCUCCUGACCUCGUGAUCCGCCCACCCUCCCAAAGUGCUGGGAUUACAGGCAUGAGCCACCGCGCCUGGCCGGAAACUGGCUUUGAAAUGGGGAGAAGUGAAGCAUGAACUGAAGCUCCUCUCAGACUUGGGAAGGCCCUUCUCCCUGGGCACUGGUUGCCUCACUGGGAAGAGGAGAGUGCCAGCCUCUCAAGAGCUCGUUUCUGUUCUGAUAUUCCAGGAGCACGUGAAUUGCCUCUGCUUACGUUCAGGCCCUAUCCUAAACCCAGCCGUCUAGCACCGAGGGAUCCCAUGCCUUUGGGAAUGCCAUGAUGCUGCCCAACGGGAAAUUUGUACAUUGGGUGCUAUCAAUGUCACAUCACAGGGACCAGCCAUGAAAGAGCAAAGUGACCUCCACGUCUGAUGCUGGGGGCAUCAGGACGGACCCAUCAUGGCUGUCUUUUUGCCCCACCCCCUGCCGUCAGUUCUUCCUUUCUCCGUGGCUGGCUUCCCGCACUAGGGAAUGGGUUGUAAAUGGGGAACAUGGCUUCCUUCCCGAGUCCUUGAGCACCUCAGCUAAGGACUGCAGUGCCCUGUGGAGUUCCCGGAUUACCUCACUGGGAAUGGCAUCGUGCGUGUCCCGAAAAGGGCUCCAGUUGGUUCCACACCACUCCCCUCUCCAAGUGCCGCCACUUCCCUCAGAGCAUACUCUCCAGUGGAUCCAAGGACUCUCUCUCCUAAAGACACCACCUUCCUGCCAGCUGUUUGCCCUUAGGCCAGUACUCUGGGACCUGCCCAAUGUAUGUAUUCUCUGACACUCUCAUUUGGUCAUAAAACAAUAAAUGGUGUCAAUUUCAAA